GGCGCGGUGACGUCACCAAGGCGGCCAUGGCGGCGCUGCCCCCGGGGCCGCUGUCGCCGCCUGGCGGGGGCGCGGCGGACGCGGCGGGGCCUGAGGGCGCCGAGGGCCUGUUCGUGCUGCUGGGCGCGGGGCUCGUCGCCGCCAGCCACCCCCUGCUCUACGUCAAGCUGCUGGUGCAGGUUGGGCAUGAGCCACUACCUCCAACCAUUGGAAGAAAUGUAUUGGGAAGGAAGGUCCUGUACCUGCCUGGCUUCUUCACCUAUGCCAGGCACAUCGUGGAGGUGGAUGGGAAAAGAGGCCUCUUCCGUGGCCUGACUCCUCGCCUCAUCUCAAGCACUUUAUCAACCAUCACCAGGGGGAGUGUGAAGAAGGCUUUUCCACUGGAAGACAUGGAGCACGUGUCUAACAAGGAUGAUGUGAAAACUUCACUUAGGAAAGUGGUCAGAGAGACAUCCCAUGAGAUGAUGAUGCAGUGUGUGUCCCGGUUUGUCUCACACCCGCUGCACGUGAUCUCCAUGCGCUGCAUGGUCCAGUUCGUAGGCCGGGAAGUCAAAUACAGCGGUGUGUUCAGUGCCAUUGGCAGGAUAUUUAAGGAAGAAGGGAUCCUGGGAUUCUUUGUUGGGUUAGUUCCUCACAUCCUGGGGGAUGUCAUCUUCCUCUGGUGCUGCAACCUCCUGGCUCACUUCAUCAACACCUACGCUGUGGAUGACAACUUCAGCCAGGCAUCGGUGAUCCGGAGCUACACCAAGUUCGUGAUGGGGAUCGCUGUGAGCAUGCUGACCUACCCGUUUCUUCUCGUGGGAGAUCUCAUGGCAGUGAACAACUGUGGGUGUAGAUACGGUCCUGGACUCUCAAAGUCUCCAGGUUGCGUGCAGGCCUCCCUCCCUACGCUCCCGCCUUUGCAUCCUGGAUCCACUGCUGGAGGUACCUCAGUGCUCAGGGGCAGCUGUUCCGUGGCUCCAGCCUGCUGUUCCGCAGGGCGCCCAUCCCAGCCGCCUCCUUCCCCAUCGAGAGCCUCGGCAGGGACAGCUCAUCAGCGUGGACUCCUCAAGAAACCCCAAGCUUGUUUCGAUAUCUGUAUAUUUCUCUUUUCUGAUCCAAAGUCCAUGGUGCCACAACUGACACCUCCUCUUCAGCAAGGCCAGGAACAGACUUCUGGACAUCGCUCAUGCUCCAGCUAGACCAAAGCUCCAUCCUCAUGGCUGUCUCGACGAUGUAUAGCAGAGAGAGCAGAAAGCCGUUGUCUCUUUGGUCCAGGCUGUAGCUCUGGAGUUGCUGGGGAAGUCCAGGAAUCCAGAAAAUGCCCAGGUACUAAAGGAGCCAGCCAUGAGCUGCAGGGACAAAAGACUGCUUUGUUCUGCCUGAGCUGAAAAGCAGCAGGAGAUCCAAGGUCACCUCCCUGGGAAGGUUAUGCCAGGUGACAGCCUCCUACCUCAGCCUUUCUGGAGAGAGCUCCUUUGCCUGGCAGGUAGCUCAUCCUGGGCAAGGUCAACCUGGCAUCCAUGUUUAAAGUUUGAGGGUGCCUGAACACCCAGGAGCCUCCCACCUCCCAUGGGCAGGAAAAGGAAAUUAUAGGAUCAAAACAGGGAAGGGAAACUGAGUCCUUCUGCAAAGAACAGAAGAGUCCCAAAGAGACGGGUUCCAGCCCAGCUCAGGGCAGCGGUGGGAUGUGGACAUGGGGAGAGCCCUUGGGAAGGGACAUGUGCUGCCAGUGGUGCUGCUUUGGGCAGGAUUUCAGUCAUGGAAUGGGCUGUGUUUAGGAUACACCCAGCAGAGCUGUGGGCUGGGCAGGCAGCCUGCACACUCUGGGAGAGGCAGGUGCUGGGUUGGACUGGCCUGGCUGCACCAAGGGGCAUCUCCCAGCCAGCAGCACCACGAGCCCUGCUGGGCUCCUGCUCCUGUCACUGAUGGAAACGGAGCUGCUGGGAUCUGAGAGCUGCACACAAAGGCCUCUCCUGCAUCUGGAGCAGCCUGCAGCCUCUCCAGGGCUGUCUGCACUGAAGGGAUCCACCUUGAGCUGACCAAAGGCUGGUGAGGCAUCAGGGUUGAAGGCUUCUGGUGCUCAGUGGAGCAUGGCUGGCUCUAUGUGUAGCAGAGCUCACCAGUGGCACCAGGGCAGGAUUGAUGCUCAGCUCCCCAAAUAAGAAUUUCUUUGCACCAGUCUGUGCUGUGAUGGCAGCCAGGCAGAUUCCCCCUGUUUCAGUUCCCCACAAAGCAGUCUUUUGCACAGAGGUGAUGCUGCACUCCCUGGGAAGAGGUUUAGCAUUUCUUGAGCAGGUUCCCAUGUGCUGCAGCAGCAGCAGCAGCUGGGGUUACAUCUCAUCCUGGUCCCUGGGGACCUGCCAUCACAGGGGGUUUUUUCUCCAGCAGGAAGGGUCGAUGCACACCCCCAGGCAGGGCUUGCAGGGCAGUGGUGGGGCGUGCUGGGACUGGCAGCCCCCACCCAGCUCCCUUCAGUGUCGUGAAGUUGGUCCUGUCUGUCCUCCCUCAAUCCCAGUUUGUGUUACAGUUAAAUAAUGCAUGGACCUGUUCCCUAACACCAGAGAUUAUUUCAAAGAGGAUUUAAUUAUGCUCCAAAAUACAGUUAUAAAACAACUAUUGGGUGGUUUGGUUUUUUGGGAGUUUUUUGUGAUUAUUUUUUUCCCCUGCAUAAUGUGCUCCCUCAGGGAAGGUUUCAGUUUAAGACAGGCACUUCCUUUGGUCCUUUCUCCAAAUCAGGGGCUAAACCAGCUGUUUAAAACUCAGAUUCCCUCUGAUUUUCCUAACCUCCAUGGAAGGUGGGCAUAUUUAGGCUGAGCAAACUGCAGUGGGUGCACCUGGAGUGAGGCAGCAGAGGGCUUGGGUGCUUGAAAUAAUAUAUGUGGAAUUAGGUUUUUGGAGUUAAAAGUGACCCUGACAUCUUCUGGAAGGGGUGAUGGAGACCCUUUGCUGCUCUCAGACUGGUGAGGUGGGCUCAGCCAUUCCAUCUUCCCCCUUACAGCUCCAUCCUUCCCCACUGGCCUUUAAUCAACUUGUUUUAUGACCUGCUCCAACACAGGGCAUUGCACCUGCCAGGUCACACAGCACCUGCUCAGGAACAAGUACCUUUGCCCUCCAAAUUAAAGCCAUCUUCUGCUGCUCCAUUGCCUGUCAAACUUCCUGCAGCCUCUGCACAGCCUGCCUGCAGCCACUGCAGGGAAAAGUGCUAUUUCCUGUCCUUUCAGGAAUUUACCUAAGGAAUUUACCUAAGGGAUUUACCUAAAGCUGCACCAGUGUAUGCAUCCUGCCAGUAAUUUCUGCCCAGUUCAUCAGGGCCCACAAACUUGGCUGAAAACCCAACAGUUGACUGUAAUUUUUGCUCAAUUUAAAUGAAAACCAGGUUUCAAAGCUUUCAGUGCGCUGCCUUACUUUGAAGCAAGGGGCUGCCAUUCUUAGGAUGAUUGAAUAUUUUCUCACCUCCUGAUUCUUCUUGUCCCAUUCUUCUUUUGAGGGGCCCCACCACAAGGACAAAUCUCUGCACCAGGAGCAGGCAAGGAGACAACCCAAACCCUGCCUGGGCAUCCCUCUGCCUUCAAUUGCUACCCAUUAGUCUGUGCCUGACCCUGCAGCUGGUGCUCAGGUAUCCCAGCUGAAAGAGAUGGGGCCCCAUUCCCACGGGAGAGGGGAUCCAGGGUGGAACAUGUGGUUGGGAGAAUAAAUGAAGGGGUGGAGGAGGAGGUUUGGGUCCGGCGCCCGGGAUGGAGUCAGGGGUUUCUCCCUCUGGCACUCCCCUGGCUGCCCAGGAAACAAACUCUGGUUUAAAUAUUGACUCUCCUGCACAAAGGCAGGCUGGGUGGGGAUCGCUGCUGUUCCGUGCCCGUGCCGUUUAUCAGCCUCCAGUGGAGAGCUGAGAUUGCCGGGACUUUGGCCUCAUCUGCUCCCAGCUGCCCGGGGGAGAAGGGAGGCAGCGACAGCAGCCAGGAGAGGGAAUCUCAGGUCAAGGCUGGUCUGUCUCCGCUGGGCAUGGAUGCUCGAGUCUGGCAGGAUCUGGAAAGCAGCAAGAUGAGCCUUUGUGCCCAAGGAAGUGCAGCUGAGCUCAGAGCCAAUGCUCCAUCCUCUCCUUUCCCCUGCAGAGCCAUCCUGCUGAAGCCCCUCCUGGCCAUGCCACUCUCCUGCCAUGGAGCUGGGAGGGAAGCAUCCCAGAGAGCUCUCCCGAUGCCCGGAUGGUGCCUGGCGUCUCCCUGGUGUCUGGUCAGUGGGAAGGCCAGGGGCUGCCAGCCCUCCCCCGCAGCCAUGGAGGGCCCCAUCUUGCAGCCACGCAUGAGGAAGUGCCCUGUGGCACAGCUGCCCUCGAUAAGGCUGUUUGCUCUGUUCUCCUGCAGCGCUGAGCUCCACGUAGGCAAAUAAUUCCUUAAAAAAAAAAAAAAAAGAAAAAAAUAAUAACCCUCACAGAGGAGAUUCUGCUGCCGGGGUGGUGGGGCUGGCUGGUGCCAGGAAAUGCUCAGGGUGGGGACUUGGACUGGACCCAGGCAGCAGCAGUGCGGUGGCUCUGGACCUGUCCCUGUCUUCACACAGCCCCAUCCCCUGGGAUGACCUCCACUUGAAAUGCAGGAUCCAGAGCUCAUGGAUUCCCACCUGGAUAAGGGAAAUCCCAUCUGGAAACAAGAAGAGGCCACAAAGAGCACAGGAGCAAAGCUGGGCACAGCGGUCUGACCUGCCACGCUGACAGUGACACGGCUGGUAAGAGGAUGGGAAGGAUGUGGGGAAGCUGCUUUCCAUGCUCCUGCUUGCCUGCUGUAGGCCUUUUUGGGUAAACUUCCUCCAAUCCCCCUAAUCUAAGAUGCUGUGUUCCCUCCUGGGCAGCGCUGGUGGUAUUUCAUCCCACCCUGAGGGGAUCUGGGUCUUUUGGGGAAGAGGUGGCAGCACAAGGUCAGCACAAGGUCAGACUCCUUUCCCUGCAGCCACCGUGACCCCCGCACAACUGCCUCAGCACUUACACCGUGCUGGACCCCCCAUCCCAGGGCAGAAACAGGAGGGGCAAAGUCUCCCCAGCUUCAAACCGAGCCCCUCUCCCCCUGCUGUGACCCCAGGCCGGGCUGGCGUGGCGAGGGUCGGCAUCGCUGCGGCCGCGGCCCUGCUCGAGGCGCUGACCCUCGCUGCAGACGUGUGAAUGCUGCCAUGCCUCGGAACGGAGCUGCUCCCUGAAACGCCGCCUGCGCUCUGCGGCCGGGCGGCUCUUGUCAGGCUGCCAGAGGAGGCCGGAGCAGCGUCACUUGCAGCAAAGUUUUACAAGGCGAGCGAGCGUCUGGGGAGAGGGACGGGAGAGGGACCGACGCCGCACGCACACACUCGGACGCGCACGCGGAGAAACCUCCAGGCUCCCUCCAGCUCUCAUCCCAACGCUGAUUUUUUUUUUCUUUCCUCCUUUUUUUCUUUUGUUUUUGGAAGAACAAAGACUUUGGGGUGGGUUGGCGCUGUUGUUUUUCCGGGGUUGCUGUUGGUGGACGGGGGGAGGUUGGAGGUGGAGGGGGGAACCGGUGGCUUGAAUGCAAGAAAGUCCCAAAUUUCCCUGGCCGAGUUGCCGAGAUAGUCUGUGCGAAACUUAGGGGAGGAAAGACGGGGGAGGGGGGGGAAAUAAUUAAAAAAUAAAAUAUGAUGACGUCACUCGGAGCAGGGGUGCCUUCCCUGCUGCCUGUCAGAUGCGCCUGAAAAGAACAGGGCAAUAAAACAACAGCCGCCUCUGUCUCCCUCGUUAAACACGGCACUAAUUGGAUGUUAAUUUUUCCUUGCUCUUCUCGCUGCUCGAUUGUGAGAGCUCUGCCUGGCUCUCCCUCUCCUGCUUCCUUUCUUUCCUGUUGCAAUGCUCUUGGCAGCUCUGAGGGACUCCGGACUGUGCGCUCUCCUCCCGCUCGUGGACUGGAAUAAUUCAGGAGCUGGGAGAAUUAAAAAAGACGAGGCGCGGGGGCGAAUGGUUCAGAAACGGGGCGGGCGUGAUGGAUUUCGAGAGCUACGCUAAUCUCCCCGUUUCCCGUGCAUUGUCCUGCCGACUUGGAGCUAUUCUUUUCCCAUUUGAUUUCUCUUCCCCUCCUUUCCCUUCGCGUUGGGUUUGGACUGCAGGGCAAAAAUAUAUGUUUCAAAAAAAAAAAGGCAUUAAAAAAAAGGGAAAAAGGCAGGAAAAAAUAGAAAAAAAGGCUUAAAAAAAGGGAAAAAAAGAAGAAAAAAGCCAAAAAAAAAAAAAAAAGAGGAAAAGAAAAAAAGCCUGGUUCAAUGACGACAAACCCCCAAACCUCCUCCCAGCUCCCCCCGUCUCGCCGCGCUGCCUAACCCCUGCGUGGAAACAGGCGUUUUAGGGAGCCGGAGCAGGAAGUUGUUGUUCUCUGUCUUGCCCAGGUCAUCCUUCCAGGGACCUGCAGAGCAGCCAAUGCCUGGAUAAGGAUCAUCUCAGUGCCUGGAUAAGGAUCAUCCCAGUGCCUGCAUGAGGAUCAUCCCAGUGCCUGGAUAAGGAUCAUCCCAGUGCCUUAGGCUGCCAUGGUCCCAAGCUGUCCUUGAGGCUGAGGUAGUAGAUUGAAUAGUUGUGGAGUCUGGUCCUCCCUCUGAGCUAACUAUACAAUCUACUGUCUUUCCUAAGGAGACAGUCAGGUCUUCAGGUCUGCACAUCCACUUCUACACCAGGUGUGGGGCAGGUGGUGCAAGUAAAGCAAAUCCGUGCCCGUGACCGUCUGUUCUGCUCUGUGGAGGUGAGGUAGUAGGUUGUAUAGUUUGGUGGGAGGGAUUUGAUCCCAUUUCAGGUGAUAACUAUACAGUCUAUUGCCUUCCUUAAAGAGCAGCAAAACCACCGGAGGAGGAGCUCCCGAGGCAUCAUCACUUCUUUUGUUGAGGAUCCAAAAACGCAGCAUGGCAUUGUUAAACAACUCAGUGGGUGUUUCUCUUACAGCAUCCAGAAUUGCAUUCUUCCAGGAAUUGCUUCAUGCCUCAGGCAUUGGAGCAUGGAGCCACCUGCUUCCAGGGAACCCACCUCUCUUUAAGAUUUGAGGGAAAUGAGUUUCCACAGCAGCUCCCAGUGUUCAAUUCUAUUCUUUUUUUCCAGGAGAUGGGUUCAAGUUGCAAAGUGUUUAAAUGUGUUGAUCUUCUCUGGUCUGUCCUCAGGUCUGGAGAGGAGCAGAUACUUUUGUAUAAAUGGGACAGAGCUGAGCUCAUUAUUAAAUUUUGCUGUGCCCAGUUCUGAAGUUUGGGUCAGAACCAGACCCAGGGGCAAGCUUAGCCUGUGGACUCAGAGCCCUGGGAGCUGAUCAGAUUUGGCUGGUUGGGCCCUGCUCAGGAAGUGCAUUUUGUUUUGGACAAGUUCCCAGACUGUCCCAUGGAACAGAAUUAGAGGGUGGUUCUUUUUGAUCUGAUAAUCCCUUAUCAACUGAACUCCCUCACAUGCAAACCCUGUCAGGGAAGUUUGGGGCUCUUGGAUAUUUACAUAGGAUGAACUAACGAUUCCAACUAAAAUCUUGUCCUAAAGUGGAGACAGGUAAGGAAGAGACAUGAGCCAAAAGGAGCAGGUUCUAAUCCUUCUGGGUUCUCCCAGGCAGUCACCUGACAACAGACAUGCGAGAAGUCAUCACACUUCAGAGCUCUGGCCCUUGGCAAGGGACAGGGAACUGUUAAUUCUUCUGUUUCUUAGGAGCAGAUGGGACUAUCUCUCUGCCGUUUUCCAGAGUAAGUAGGAUCGAGACCACGAGUGGAGCUGUAACACGAUCAGGGCUGCAUCAAGAAGGACAUUUCAGGCCAUUAUCACGACCAUCUUACUGCCAGGGAGACUGUGAGAUCCGAGACACCGGGGAGCGGGGGCAAGCAGAGGACACCUUCUCAGAUGAAGUGGGAGGGAGAGAGCAAAAAGAAAUUUGAGGCCUCGAAUUUCACCCUGAGCAAAGGCAGAGGGAGAGGCAGACCUGGCUGCGGGUCCGUGGGAUUCCCCAGAAUGGAGCAGCUCAUUUCAGGCCCUUCUGCUGGGACUGGGCGUAGCUGCAGCGAGGCUGGGACACAGCUGCUGGGUGGGGAUGCUGCAGUUCCAAGCGGCUAAGGAAUGCAGCCCUCUCUCCAUAAAUCUGCCUUUUCAGCAGUCCUGGCGACUUGCUGUGCAAAACUACAGCUUGGUCCUCUGAGCUGCGUUAUUAUCCUCCAGCUGCUUGCUCAGGGGCAGGGCUCCUGCCCGCAGAUUGCUUGGAAGGUACCAAAAUAGCAGCACAAGCAUGGGAACAGGGCGGCAUAUCCACUUCAUCCGGAGAGGUGUCCCCUGGAAAAGAGCUAAUCCCACGUGUCUCAGAUGGAAUCUGUUCAGCCCCCCUGCAUGGCAUUGAUACUAAUGCAGAGAAUCUCAAACAGUGGAACUGUGUGAGCUGAAGCCAUGAAUAAAAUAUUGCUGGAGAUAGUCCCCUUGUGAAAAUAAACUUGGUUUGACUUUUUUAAAA